ACGACGACUGCCCCCCCUUAUCUGUCGUAGCCAGCGACUCCUGCACCUAUGGACAUUGAUUGGUGUCUUUCCUGCGAGAAGCACAUCGAGUAUGCUUCCCCGCACGCCCCUUAUUGCUCGGCCGACUGCUUCUCAACCGCGCAGCCCGCCCAACCGCUCGCCUCCACUUCUUCCUCCAUCUCCAUCUAUCCUUCCCCUUCGAACAACGUCUCGGAGACUCCCGUCGACUCUUCCCGUAUAAGGAGAUGGGUAUCUGCCAUCCCCUCCAACGAUCCUGCAGGCGCACCUAUCGAUCCAUUCUCCGACGAUUGUCCCGAGGAGCUUAUUUGUGUCCUUCAAAUCCCAAGACGUGCUUCGCCAUCACUCCGCCGCUCCCCUUCGCCCCGUCCCCAGCAGAAGCCAAAACUGAUCAACCGGACUUCUGCCACCACGCCCCUUCCUACCCUCUGUGUCUCUACGCCUGCUCAGUUUCGCCCUCCUGUCGCCCACCCCACCCCGGUGGCAGCUCAAGCGAGCGCUAUCAACAAACGCUCUUCAACCUCAGGUGACAUGAUCGCCAGCACGAGCGGUGCCUCCACAUCCCUCACCUCCCUCCUGUCCGAACCGCUCAUCGCCACCCCAUCCGAUUGUUCCUCCAGUUUCGGCUUUGCUGCCAUCGCCACCCAUGUUAAGGCGUGGGUACACCCUAGCAAGUCUGAUAAGGCUGACCACCGCUGGGAAUAUGAAGAGGAUAAGGUUCCAUCUUCAUCACCACCGCCGUUCAAGUAUGCCUCUCACCAACCCGCUCGGCUCCAACGCCCACGGCGUUCGACAUCUCCUGCUCAGCUCCAGUCGCCUCCGCUGACUGCCCGUGAGCGCAAGCCUGAGCGCAAGCCUUCCUCAAUAGUCCCUCUUUCUUUCGCACUCUCAAAGGAGGAUACCAGGUGUGAAAGCUCCCAUACGCCGACCCCCGUCAUGUUUCCCUCAUGCCGAACUGGCGAGUGUGAAGACGACUUUGACAUCCUCGUGGCGCCCUCACCGCCGACGCGUGCUUGUUAUACACGCUGCCCAGACCCCGUUGAUUAUCAAUCCGACUCCUCAAGCUGCUCCAUGGUCCAGAUGAAGACCAAGCCUCGUCGCCGGCCUGCUGGAGCCCAGUGGAGCGGUGCGCGAGGACGUCGCGGUGUCCGCGCUGUCGAUGCAUGAUCAUCCGUGGUUGACAGACUCUUUUUUCCUCCUCGCAUCUUCUCUUCUCUCGACUCGUAUCGCGCAAAACGUGCUUCACAGUCCAGCGGUUCGAUGACCAAAAUUGCAUGCAAGAUCACUCGAUCUUGUUUAAUUGGGACAUUAUUUUUCACUGCAUAUUCGUGUUUUGCAGCUUCGCACGAGCCUCUUCAACGUUCCCUCCCUCCCUUUUCAUGUUCUCUCGCACGCAUCAAUCCCACAUUCAUUUUUCUCCUCGUCACCCAUAUCAUCACUCCUCAAUCUCCUCAGCAUCCCAUUUGUAUAUAUGCGCAUACACACACUUAGAUGUCGGUCUUCUUUUUUCUCAUCAUUAGCUCUCCUGUUCAUCAUUCACGUACCCCACCAUCGCCACAAUGAUCUUUCUUGCCUUUUGCUAUACGUCGCUCGGGUUAGCUUCGAGCACACUUCUUGGUUUCUUUUUGCCACGCUUUAGCAUCAACUAGUCAUAUUAGAUAGACAGAAACCAUAAACGCCUUAUAGUGCUAUCUUGGAAGGAUGGGAAUAAUAACAUGCAUCCGU